CAAGAAGGUUGAAUCGUGUAGUUUUGAGUUUGUACAGAUUUUAAAAAAUAGCGUUUUGGGGGCUUUAGUAUUUAGGUAUAAAUACCUAGGACAUUUAACAAUAAGUGUUUUUCGAACAACUGCACCGUUAUUGGGGGCACAGAUAGUUAAAAAAUAGACACACUAGUCGUAUAACAAAGCAUUUGGCCAGACUGCGCGCUAACAAAGCUAACAGUUCCUUAUACUUAAAAAAGGCACACAAAGGAAAUGCGGUCGAUUAGUUUAAAAGCAUUAAAUAGAGCUGUCUAAAUGAUCGAGUGGUAGUGUCAUCUCCUAAAAAAGCUAAAAGUACAGACAGUACAUCAGGCUGUGAUGUAACUUGCAGCCAGUGGAGUGGUAUUUGUUAAAACAGGAACCUCAGAUUUGAACUAGCGAUUUUUUAUAUUUGUCAGCUUAUUGGUAUCUGAUUUCGAAACAUCGUUUGAGUACUCAGCAGCUAGCUACAUUAUCUAAUGUUAUAGAAAGAAUGAAGCUGACAUUAUGGCGAUAAUCGCGAAAAACGAGAUGUCCAGACACUCGUAUCCUGAAACUAAAAGAAGGUAGCUAACUGCGAGCUAGCAGACAUUUAGCGAAUUGUUCCUAAGCGGAGCUAUCUGGUCUCCCUGCUACUGUCAGUUAGCUGUGAAGAGUAGAGUCGAGUCUUAAAGCUCUUGCCUCCACUGGCAGGAACGUUUACGGUAUUAAGUUUAAUGUGGGUGGCUAUCUAAGACUCUGCCCCCGGUGUUUAAUGUUAAACAGUUAAGAUUCGUGUUGGAAGUGGAGUUAAGAUAGCCUUUGGCUGACAGGCUAAUUAGUUAGCUAAGCUAAAGCUAACGGUUCCAGCCCCCUGUUACAUAGUAACGACAGUUAUAGCUGCUGAGUUUAAGUGACAGGAAGAGAGGAAUUAGUGGGGUUCUUUUCCACCCUCGAGAUUAAUAAUGGCAGCACCUACAAACGAGGCCUUGUUUUUGAUAAAGGAUGUGAAGCCUGGCUCGAAAAACUUGAAUAUCGUGUUCAUCGUUUUGGAAAUAGGGCGAGUAACCAAAACGAAAGAUGGCCAUGAGGUACGCUCAUGCAAGGUGGCAGACAAGAGCGGGAGCAUAGCUAUCUCAGUUUGGGAUGAACUCGGCAGCCUUAUUCAGCCAGGGGAUAUCAUCAAGCUGACCAGAGGCUAUGCAUCUAUAUGGAAAGGCUGCCUGACCCUGUACACUGGAAGAGGAGGAGAUCUGCAGAAGAUUGGAGAGUUCUGCAUGGUGUAUUCAGAAGUGCCCAACUUCAGUGAACCAAACCCAGAGCUAUUAGCCCAAGCAAACCAGCAAAACAAGUCUGGUAAGCCUGACCAAAACCAGAGGGGGAACUCUCCGCCCAAUCAGAAUUCAGGUACACCUGCCCCACCAGGUAACGGUGCCAUGCCGCCAUUUGCCAACAAUAACCAACCACCCAGCGCACCCCGUGAUCCUGCGUUUGGGAACGUCGGGCGGCCCAAUGGUCGGUCGCCUGGCAAUGGAGCCCCUGCAGUCACUGCUGCCGGACCCCCACCAGCUACAAAGUCCUCAGUUACAAUUAGCAACGGCAGGGACCCACGACGUGCCAAAAGAUGAAAUUAGGGGUUAGAGGUUGGAGGGGGGGUAUAUGUGAGAACUCUAUGGACAUCCCCAUAUUCUCCUGCUUACAUCUUUCCCACUUUUUUGCCCCUUCUCCAUCACAGCCUGUCUUGGCUAUUAAAAAAAAAAAAGACUGAAUUAUGUUAGGGACUACUUGCAGAAUUUUUUUUUUUUUUUAAUGCAGGCUAAAAUAAUCAGAUGUGUCGUUUGUCAUGUGUAGUGCAGGUAGUGCUCUCCAUAAGCAGCACAGUGAUCAUGAUGAACUACUUUGUGUUAUCAGGGCUUCUUAGAUAGUCGCGACCUGGUGGCUGAGAUGCGGUCGGCUUCUUAAUCUGCACCCUUUUCUUCGAGUUGCCAGUUCUGUGCCAGUGUUACCCCCACUCCCAAACACACACCAACCUGAACCCUUCCCCUGUUCUUUAAAACUAUACACCCUACUUGAACACUUGAUGCACUUUCUUCUCUUAAUUUAUGUUGGGGCUUAGCUGUCAUUUAAAUCAGGAAAUCACCUUUUUUUUUUUUUUUUUUGUGAAAAAGGCCUUAAGUUGGUGAAAAUUAGUAGUUGCCUGACUGCCCAUGUGAAACUUCAAACCAAACUGUUACCUGAAGUGACUGUGUGAAAGGAAAGGUGUUAGUUUUGAGUUUUGAUGAUAGGUAGACUGUUAGUGAACUGUUUUUUUUUUUGUUUUGUUUUUUUUUCUCUUUUCUUUGUCAGCCAUCAACUGUACGUUUUUAGGGACCAUUUAAAUACUGGCAAAACGGUUCACCAAAUAAAUUUUAGACUAAUUUUUCUGCCACA